CCUUUCUCGCUUGAAGCUUAUAUCGAUAACCACAAUAGACGCCAACUCGAAACCACGUUUCUCAAUCGUCCGUCGAAAUUCCGGAGCCAGAUCUUUCCAAGCUACUAGAUCUUUGCAAGCUAACGCGAAAAAAAACCAGCUUUGCGAUGAGUGCGGAACCAAGUCCGGUAAUGAGUCCCCAGCAGCAGGCCGAGCGGGAGAAGGUGUACCAGUUGAUCAUCGAGCUGGCCUAUCCUGCCACGCGGGAGACCGCUCUGCUGGAGCUGAGCAAGAACACCUAUGCGGACCUGGCCCCCAUGCUGUGGAAAAGCGUCGGUACCACCUGCACCCUGCUGCAGGAGAUCGUCAACAUAUACCCCAUAAUAACGACGCCCGUUUUGAAGGCCAACCAGUCGAACCGCGUGUGCUACGCCCUGACUUUGCUACAGUGCGUCGCCUCGCAUCCGGAGACUCGCCCGGCCUUCCUGCGGGACCAGAUACCGAUGUACUUGUACCCCUUCUUGUCGACCACGUUCAAGAGCAGGCCCUUCGAGCAGCUGCGCCUGACCACGCUGGGCGUGAUUAAUGCUCUGGCCGAGACCGGUGAUACGGAGGUCCUCAUCUUCCUGAUAUGGAGCGAGGUCGUGCCUCACUGUCUGACCAAUAUGGUCAGGGGAUCGAAGCUGACCAAGAUCGCGGCCACUUCAAUCCUUGAGAAGAUACUGCUCGAUGAGAUGGGUCUGACGUACAUUUGCGAGAACCACGAUCGCUUCUCGCAGGUGGCCAUCACCCUGGGCAAAAUGGUCAUCCAUAUGUUGAAGUUUCCAUGCCUCCGGGUGCUGAAGCAUGUGGUGCGCUGCUAUCUACUACUUACGGAAAAUGCGCGCGCUCGCAGUGCACUUAGAGUGUGUCUGCCGGAUCUGCUGCGUGACGGCACCUUCACGUCGCUCGUGCAACAUGACACGUGCACCAAGCAGUGGCUGCAGAUGCUGCUCAAGAACCUGCAGACAAACGCCGUCAACCCAAUGGGCUCCUCCUAGAGAAGCGCCCAACAACUUUCGUCACUCCACCGUCCAUUCAAGCGCCAUCGAUUAGUGAUACCCACUCCUAGUUAACUGCUCGACCGAAUAAACAUGGCCUACAUAAUCUACAAAUGAAAUUAUGAUAUUACUAAAAUUGACGGUACAAUAAAAAAUAUCAAAUAU